GGUUCCCUGGAGAUAACGCAGAGUUUGGAAGAUGAUCCUCUACUGGAUGCACCACUUAUUUCAUCUCAUACAUUGCACUCCCAACUGAGGCCAAGAUUCCAUGCUAUCCCAGCAGUUCUGCUUGCCAAUUUUCUGUUGCUUAUACAUGUUGCUUUUGUUGUUCUAGCAUUUUUAGCAGCCAUGUUUUGUUCUUACCCCAAUCCAAAUCAGGAUAAGUGCCCUGGAAACUAUACUCACCCACUUAAAGUGCAGACUGUCAUCAUCAUUGCAAAAGUAAUUCUGUGGACUCUGCAUGUUUUUUUUGAACGAUACAUCCAGCACCACCACAGUAAGGUCAGAAGCAGAGGUUACUUCUCAAUAUACCGAUCAACAAGAUGCCUAAAAAGGCUUCCACUGCUGAUACACUCUACAGGUAAUACAGCCCUGCUUUUGAUUCUGUCAAUGCAGCAUUCCUUUCCUGACCACAGUAAAGUGUACCUGUAUCUUAUCCUGGGAGUCCUGGGCCUGGAACUGAUUAGCUCACUGACAUGCUUAGUGAUUUACACAGUGAAGAUAAGCAACUUCAAUCGUGCCAAGCCAAGACCUGACAUAAUUGAAGAAGAAAAGAUGUACACCUACCCUAGUCACAUUACCUCAGAAAUUGGAUUCAGGGAAAAUUCAAGUUUAGAAGAAAUAGUUGAAAAGCAAGGAGAUGUAAUAGAAUAUCUUCAGCGACACAACGCACUUCUCAGCAAGAGACUAUUGGCACUAACAUCUCAACAAAUUAAAACUUAACAGAAUUUGGGAAACUGCUGCUGGAGUUCUGGAAGGAACAUGAGGUAAUGGAAUAUCCAGACAGAUUUGUACAGAUGACUGUUUCAAUCAUCUUUCACAUUUUGAAACAGAAGUGGAAAGAUGAGCUCUGCAUAUACACUAUAGACCUGUUACAACUGGAC